UUAAAGGGUGCCAUUAACUUUUAAGCUGGGCCCGUCCUCAUCCUAACAUCAGGGUCGGCUUUGAUUCGGAACUGGUGCCCGUAACCCAGAUCUGCGCAUCUUCUUCUUCUUAAACUAUUUUCUGUUCUAAUCCUGAAAAAGAAAGGGGAAGAAUGGGUUCGUUGGAAGCCCUAACCACAACGACAUCGAAUGGAACAAACGCUAAUUGCAAUGGAAACCAACUGCAGCAGCAACAACAACAGAAUCAUCAUGGAGAUGGAUUUGAUGCUCCGACGGAAGUAGACAAAGAAAGAGAGAUAUUAAUUUCUUCAAAGAAUCAAAAUCAAAUUUUAAAUCCCCAUCCACAACCACAACAGCACCAGCAGCCAUUAACACCUGACAAUGAUGGUUCUUUGAGGAGGAGAAGAUUAGGUGGCGCUGGUGGUGGAGGAGGUUCUCCACUUGAAGUGGGUAGUCGUGUUAUGUGUAGAUGGAGAGAUGGAAAAUAUCAUCCUGUUAAAGUCAUUGAACGAAGAAGAUUACCUUGUGGUGGUCCUAAUGAUUAUGAAUACUACGUUCAUUACACUGAAUUUAAUAGGAGGCUUGAUGAGUGGGUUAAGGUUGAACAACUUGAUUUGAACUCGGUAGAGACUGAUGUCGAUGAAAAAGUUGAAGACAAGGCAACAAGUUUGAAAAUGACACGCCAUCAGAAGCGUAAGAUUGACGAGACACAUGUCGAGGGCCAUGAGGAGCUUGAUGCUGCCAGUUUGCGUGAGCACGAAGAAUUCACAAAAGUCAAAAAUAUAGCAACUAUAGAACUUGGGAGAUACGAGAUCGAGACGUGGUAUUUCUCACCUUUUCCACCAGAAUACAAUGAUACGCUGAAACUGUUCUUUUGUGAAUUCUGCCUCAAUUUUAUGAAGCGUAAAGAACAGCUUCAGAGGCAUAUGAGGAAGUGUGAUCUAAAGCAUCCCCCUGGUGACGAAAUUUAUCGCAGUGGUACACUUUCAAUGUUUGAGGUUGAUGGCAAGAAGAACAAGGUCUACGGCCAAAAUCUGUGCUACUUAGCGAAACUGUUUCUCGAUCACAAGACUCUUUACUAUGAUGUUGAUCUGUUUCUCUUCUAUGUUCUUUGCGAAUGUGAUGAAAGAGGAUGUCACAUGGUUGGAUAUUUCUCAAAGGAGAAACAUUCUGAGGAAUCCUAUAAUUUGGCGUGCAUUUUAACACUUCCUCCCUAUCAAAGGAAAGGCUAUGGAAAGUUUCUAAUUGCGUUUUCUUAUGAGCUCUCUAAGAAAGAAGGCAAAGUAGGGACACCGGAGAGGCCACUUUCUGACCUAGGACUUCUGAGCUACAGAGGAUACUGGACAAGGGUGCUUCUUGACAUCCUGAAAAAGCACAAGAGCAAUAUCUCCAUUAAGGAGCUUAGCGACAUGACUGCCAUAAAAGCAGACGAUAUUUUGACCACCUUGCAGGGUCUAGACCUGAUCCAGUACAGGAAAGGGCAGCAUGCAAUUUGUGCAGAUCCUAAGGUACUUGAUCGGCAUUUAAAAGCAGCCGGACAGGGGGGCCUUGAUGUUGAUGUUAGCAAACUCAUUUGGACUCCAUACAAAGAACAAGGUUAACUUCAUAAUACCCAGCAAACUCAUCGUUACCAUGCUCAAGUAUCUUGAAGAUUCUUGCUGAUAAUUGCUCUCUCCACUUGUAUAAAUGUAUCUUAUUAGGUUCUGGUUUGAUGUUCAAAUAGUUUUUGUUUUGACAAUGACUUGCAUCCUCACAUAUGAAUACUCGGUCUGACUUCUGAACAUUCUUGUAUAUUUUUAAGUCACGAUUGUAUCUUAUGUUGGCUUAAUAAAAAAAACAAAGUCUUGACUGUUCUCUGCGAA